ACGUGUGACUUGGACGUGAUUUCUAACCUCUUCUUUCAAGUGAGCGAAUCAAUUGUAUUGUUGUAUUUACUGUAAUCUCGUGACAUUUAUUCACAGUAUACUGCACAUAGUUUUAAAGUUGCACUGAAAGAAAUUUUUGAAAUACCAUGUUCCUGACAAACAUGCUGUUAAAAAAGGCAAAGAGCAAGCAUGUCUUAGUCCUUACACAAAGUGUUGUAACCAGUCAUCGGUUGGUGCGUAUCAGAGAUAGAUUAGCUGAUAAAUUAGAAUUUACAUCCUUUGAUCCUCUUAUUCAAAAGGUCACGUUAUACAAAGAAAAGAGAAAAUUAUGUAGCUUAUAAUUUACAACUAUUAUAGUGUAACAAGUAUUAUAAUACUACAUGGAAAAUUUCUAUGUGGGAUAACAAAAAAUAUAUAUUAUCUCAAAUGUAACAUUCAGUCUGAUUUUAUUUAUUACAUUCAAAUAUAAUAUAAUAUUAAAAUAACACACAAUAUAAUAAUAUGAUAUGUCUCUGUCUAAUCUAUUAUGAAAAUAUAGUUAUCUUAAUAUAAAUAUAUGAUGCAAGCAAUAAAUAAUAAAUAAACAGAAAAUAUCAAAAUAUAUGAUACGAUAGAUACUAAUAGUGUAAUAUAAAUGACUGUAAAUAAAUGAAAAAAAUCAUAUGACAAA